AUGUCUCAACGAGCCGUCAUACAAGACAUCAUUAUCACACCGGUGGCAUUCCACGACAUGCCCUUACUGAAUAGCGUCGGCGUCCACGAAGAGUUUGCCCUGCGCAGCAUCAUCGAGAUUAUCACCGAUCACACAUACGGGUUGGGUGAGUCUUACGGUGACUUGGCUCACCUAUCGCGCCUACAAAAAGCAGCCGAUGAAAUCAAAGGCCUCUCCGUGUACGACACAAAUUCAAUUUACAAAAUCUGUGUUGGUUCUCUGACGGGCGACACUACGACCGGCGGCGAUGGUAUGGCCGGCAUGGUCACGACGGCAUCUGUUGCCGACAAAGUCUUCUCUCCCUUUGAGGUUGCAUGUCUUGAUAUCCAGGGCAAGCUGGCAGGUCUCCCCGUGAGCGACUUGCUCGGUGGCCGUGUAAGAAACACUGUCCAGUACUCCGCAUACCUCUUCUACAAGUGGGCGGGACAUCCUGGCCAGCCGAAUGAUGAGUACGGCGAGGCAAUCGACUCCGCUGGUCUUGUGAAGCAAGCCCAAAAGAUCAUAGCCGAAUAUGGCUUCAAGGCCAUCAAGCUCAAGGGAGGGGUUUUCCCACCCGCCCAGGAAGUCGAAGCUAUCAAGGCACUGCAUGCGGCCUUCCCGGGCUUGCCACUGCGACUGGACCCUAAUGCUGCGUGGACCAUUGAAACUUCAAAAUGGGUCGCUAAGGAAUUAGAAGGCAUUAUUGAGUACUUAGAAGAUCCGGCCCCCGAAAUCGAAGGGAUGGCAGCCGUUGCGAAGGAGGCAGCUAUGCCCCUAGCUACAAACAUGGCCGUCGUCGCCUUCUCACAUCUUCCGUCUUCGAUCAGCCAGAAUGCAGUACAGGUGGUUCUGUCCGAUCAUCACUUCUGGGGUGGGCUACGCAAGUCUCAAACACUAGCGGCUAUUUGCGCCAUUUGGAACAUGCGGCUCUCGAUGCAUUCUAACAGCCACCUGGGUAUCUCCCUUGCCGCCAUGACGCACCUGGCUUCUGCGACUCCUAAUCUUGACUUUGCCUGUGAUACGCAUUGGCCAUGGAAGCGUCGUGAUGAAGAUGUGAUUGUCGAUGGUGCUUUGAAGUGGGUUGACGGUGGUGUGAUUGUGCCUACUGCACCCGGCCUCGGGAUCGAACUCGACAGAGAAAAACUAGCGCACCUUCACCGGCAGUAUCUGAACUGCGGAAUAACGAAGAGAGAUGACACUUCUUACAUGAGGAAGUUUCACCCGGAAUUCUCACCCCAUAUCCCUAGGUGGUAG